UCCCUCCUCUGUGAAGUCGCGCCGUUCGGACCGCCCCUCGCCCGCCUGCAAGUCUCUUCCCUCAAGAAAGAUGGCCGCGGCCUGAGACGAUCCCGGUCGCCGGCGUCGCGGGCGCUGCGCUCACGGACCCCGGCGCGGGGAGCGAGGCCGGCUGUUAGCUGCUUGUCCUCAACCUUAGCUUUGCUGGGACAUAGAGCCCUCUGCAGCACCCAGGGUUGGCUUGGACCUGUGACAUCACUCACUCCUCUGCCUCCCCCAGCUGCCAGCCCACAUUGUGCAGCCAGCCCACAUUUCAGACCCGAGUGCGAUGGCAUCCAGGUGGGCUCCCUUCUAUAGCCUCUGGCUCCUGGGAGUGGUGCUUCUGAUGGACGUGUCUGCACGGCCUGCCAACCACUCUUCAGCUCGGGAGAGAGCAGCCAUCAGGGAGCAGAAUGAGAUCUUGCCCCCAGACCACCUGAACGGGGUGAAGUUAGAGAUGGACGGGCACCUCAAUAAGGACUUCCAUCAGGAGGUCUUCCUGGGCAAGGACGUGGACGGGUUUGAGGAGGAUGCAGAGCCGCGCAGGAGCCGCAGGAAGCUGAUGGUCAUCUUCUCCAAGGUGGACGUGAAUACUGACCGGAAGAUCAGCGCCAAGGAGAUGCAGCGCUGGAUCAUGGAGAAGACGGCGGAGCACUUCCAGGAGGCCGUCAAGGAGAACAGGGUGCACUUCCGUGCUGUGGACCCUGAUGGUGACGGCCACGUGUCUUGGGAUGAGUAUAAAGUGAAGUUUUUGGCAAGCAAAGGCCAUAGCGAGAGGGAGGUUGCUGAUGCCGUCAGAAAUAAUGCAGAACUCAAGGUCGACGAGGAAACACAGGAAGUCCUAGAGAACCUCAAAGACCGCUGGUAUCAAGCUGACAACCCGCCCGCGGACUUGCUGCUGACCGAGGACGAGUUCUUAUCCUUCUUGCACCCUGAGCACAGCCGGGGCAUGCUCAAAUUCAUGGUCAAGGAGAUCAUCCGGGACCUGGACCAGGAUGGCAACAAACAGCUGUCUCUGCCUGAGUUCAUCUCCCUGCCUGUGGGCACUGUUGAGAACCAGCAGGGCCAGGACAUUGAUGACAGCUGGGUGAGAGACAGAAAGAAGGAGUUUGAAGAGCUCAUUGACUCCAACCACGAUGGGAUUGUGACCCCUGAGGAGUUGGAGCUUCAUUCUUUGGGCGAAAAUAAAACACAAUUUGGAACAUUUGUGGCCCAGCGGCUUCAGUGUUUGAGGCAGCUUCCAGUAGGAGAGGACCCUGCUGACCGGGAAGACUCACAACAGCCUGGUAGUGCGGAAAAACCCAGACUCAGAGAAGAAGUGAGGAUGUGUGUGGGGGUUUGGCCGCUGCAGCCCCAGGUGCCCUGCACGGCCCUGCUUCUGCUGGGGCUUGUGCUGGGGGCUGCUGCUGAACUCCGCUGUGCUGAGGACACCUACCCCAGUGGCAGCCGGUGCUGCCACGAGUGCCAGCCAGGCCAUAGGAUGGUGAGCCGCUGUGACCACUACCGGGACACCGUGUGCCUCCCGUGCCCACCUGGCUUCUACAAUGAGGCUGUCAACUACGAGAUCUGCAAGCCCUGCACUCAGUGCAACCAGCGAAGUGGGAGUGAACCCAGGCAGAGGUGCACAGCCACGCAGGACACUGUCUGCCGCUGCCGGCCAGGCACCCAGCCCCAGGAAGGCUAUAAACAUGGAGUUGACUGUGUACCGUGUCCCCCUGGCCACUUCUCCCUAGGUGACAACCAGGCUUGUAAGCCCUGGACCAACUGCUCUGCUGCUGGGAAGCACACACUGUAUCCAGCCAGCAACAGCUCGGAUGCCAUCUGUGAGGACAGGAGCCCCUUGACCAUACCAUCCAAGGAGACCCAGGGCCCCCCAGCCAGGCCCAACAGUGCCCAGCCCACAGCAGCCAGGCCCUGGCUAUCACAGGGUCCCUCCAUACCCUCUUUGGAGGCCCCCCAGGCAGGCCCCCUCCCCUCAGGCUCUGCACUUGCUGCCAUACUGGGCCUGGGCCUGGGCCUGGGUCUGCUGGCACCUCUGGCCAUACUACUGGUCUUGCACCUGUACCGGAGGGCCUGGAGGCUGCCCACAGAUGCCCCCAAGCCCCCUGAGGGAAACAGCUUCCGGACCCCCAUCCAGGAGGAGCAUAAGGAUGCACACUCCUCCCUGGCCAAAAUCUGAGAAGUGUCCACUGGAGAAGCUGCACCCCUCCCAGGGCCCCCCAGAAGAUCCAGUAGACUGCAUGGGGCAGUGGGCGCACCCCAGGUGCAGGAUGCCAUGCCUGUGAGGGGCCCACCACCAUGCCCAGCACCGUGCCUGGGUCUGCUGCACCGUUCUAGGUGCUCCUGGGGGUUCCCGGGCUCUCUACGUAUGUCGUGCAUACUCCACGCCCGGGAAGUGCCCCAAUAAAAACAUGGACAAAU